GUCGCCGUUGCCGGUUGCCGAGAGGUUGGCUGACGUCACGACGCAUGUUCCGUCCUUGUUCCGAGCUAUUGAAUAUUCGAAUGACACAGAGACAGGUGGUGGUGGUGUAGCCGUGUAGGCAGUGAGUAAAGAACAUUGAGAAGCAGAGGUGUGGUUUAGUGUACGGGAUUCUGUGAGAUUGAUGCACCGCGACGCAUACAUGUACAUAUAAUCUACCGUUCGGUUAUCAACGACGACGCGUGAGACGGUUUGUGCAUCAGAAUUCACAAUUGAAUACUAAAUCCUGGUAAAUCCUAAAGUGACAUGUGCGCGUGCUGGUUCAUACACCGUUGUGUUUAGGUGUGAUUGCAGUCAAGUUUUAUAAUGUCUACCGCCGAUUCUAUUGAUUUUUACAAGAUAUUUAGCUGCGUAAGAAAAGCUUAUUUAAGAGAUCAUCCGGACACGUCUGGUUGUUCGCCGGGAGGAUUUUUAUUUUUGAUACGUUCGAGUGAAGUUAGCAGAUCUAUAUGGGGCAAUGCGUGUCGCGUAAGGCGGGCACCGUCAUCGCAGCCUCCAGCAACGGUUCACCCUCAUAUCGGAUCAUGGACAAGCCCAAUAAGAAUAAGGGAGACAACAGAAGUGCGGCGAAGCGGGGCACGCCAUACACAAGGGGGACCGCCAUGUCGUUCGGAUUUCGCCGACGUCCAACAUCCGGUAUACCGAUGCCAGUGACGGGUUCCUUUUCGUCCGAAGUCGGAGGAUCGCUGUCGUCUCACGGGCGUCGUUCAAAGUCAGCGGGACACGAGAGCGAUCGUUCGGUUCGUCGGAACGACGAAGAGAGCAACUACCGGGGCCACAACAACGCGUCCUCGGGAAGAUCAACGCCGAGGCUUGCACCGCCGAAGAAGGAGGCCACCGGGACAUCGGUGAGGACCAACAGGUUCGGGUUCAGGCAACCGCAGCCGCUACGAUACACCGACAAAGUCGGGGAUGUCUGCGCCAGCCACAACGGGAGUCACUACAACAACCACGAGAAGACGACCGGAGCCGACUCCAACUUCCAUGGCAAGCUACAGACCAACCGCAGAGUCUACACCACCACGAACAACGCGCCGGUCGUAUCGAAGCUGAGACCAUCGCCGGUCGGCUCUCCGUACAAUCAUAACAACAACACCCUCGGCGGCGGCAACGAGGCUCAGAGGUCGUCUUACGGCCAGGAGCCGAUCAGUAAGUACACUUUGCACACGAGUCAUUUACCUCAGCCGCAAUUUGCCGUCAGAAUGAACAAUGACUCGAACUCGAAGACCGCAAAGACGGCCGCCAAUCAGAGCCGGAAGAUAUCAACCGUGUCGAAAUGCACCUCGAGUUCUAAGGAGGGAUCGGGUACCGAGGAUUCUGGUAUCGGAAGUCAGUUCGGAUGCCUCGGUGACGAGAGCGGAGGACAGGCGAGGACCCUUGACUAUCCGGACAACUCUGGUGGAAGUCCGACGAUUGGACGGCGAGGAGGAAGUGGAGGAGGAGGGCAGCAUGUCAGGCCGAGGAAUCUCAGGAUGGUCGUUAACGGGAAGAGUUUCGACGUUCGGGACGUUCAUGACGACAGUACUGUUACCGAGAUAUCGGUUAUAACGCUGCCGAAGUUAUUCGCUAACGUUAAUUUGAACACAGGUCUUGUCCGUGAAAGGACAUCGCACUAUCAGAGGGUCAUUAAUAAGGAUAACAGGUACAACGAUUCGGUGUCGAUCACUUCCUCGGAGGGUUACGACGAAGGACUCGGUGAGGAAAAGGGGUACAAGGAUAGGUCACGGUACGAAAAGGUGCCAUCGGUAAAGUCCGACUUCAGUCCACCUAGCAGCGACGAUCCUGAGUACGGACACGGCGAGGCGAUGGCCGAUGAGUACUCGUUUAGUUCGAGCGACGAGUGCAGGGCAAACUAUAAUAACGCGGAGAUGAAAAAGGCGAUGAUUAUCGCGGCAUCGAGUCAGGGUAAGAUAGCGCAAAAUCAAGUGCCAAAGACCAAUUUGAGAUCAGUUUUGCUCACCAUUGAAGAUCCGGCUUUUGCCGCCGCCGCUGCAACCGCGACGACCAUGAUCGACGACGAGACAUCCCCGGUUGACAGUCUCUUCGACAGUCCAACGGCCAGUAUUACUCAGUCAGACGGUAAGGUAUCGAGGAAGGAAAAUGUCAUGGAGAAAUCCGGUAACACCAUUGAUGACGACAGUCCUGGAACACCUACCAACGCUUCUAACUCCCUCAGUCUAUCUGAGGGACGCGAGUUCUUCGACGACGAAAUCGCCGAUCAGCCCGGACUCACUUUCGACGAGACCGUCAGGGUUGGUCACGAAUUACAGCAGACCGGUAUCGUCAACAACCAGGUCAACGAGAACAGCUACACGCUUGUCGAGUCUCAUCCUAAGACCGCCGCUCGAGUACACGGAAAAAGCGUUGAAAGCAGUCCGAUGCAUGGUCGAAGAAUCAGUCGUGCUGGAAGCGUGGAUACAUUGUCACCGUGCGAAUCUAUCGCCUCGGACGAUUUGAUGCUGGAUUACGAACGCAGCGAUGCUAGUUCCUACGAAGAAUCUACCCAUCGACUAGAUUCGAAUACGGCGUUGCACGAGAUGGACGACGCCACUAUUCUCUCGGAACUCGAGGCUCAAGGGGAGGAAGUUAUGCGAGAAUGGAGCUGCUUGCUGGGGGCUCAUCAUUCGAUACAACAAACACAUUCCAAUUCUAAUAACAACAAUCUUAACGCCAACAACAACAACAAUCACAACAACACUACAGAAUCCGGAAUCGGUAGCGGCAGGACCUCCAGGUUAUUGCGAAGCAGAUCCGGGACGGAUUCACCUCGUUCUUUGGACAGCGUGCGAUCUCGACAAGUUUCCAGUCCCCUGAGGCCUCCGAGAAAUAUUCAAUCGCCGAGUCUUGACUCUGGAGAUGAAGGAAGCUUGAAGCUGGAACGUGGCACGUAUCAAUACAUGUUUCAGGACAUAGUCUCCAUAAAGACAAUGCUUCUUAAACUGAAACGGGUCCUUCAGGAGUCGGAAGAGAACGGUUUGACGAGGGCAGAAACUCUCAACCCAUUCGAUAAUACUAUGAAGAAUGGUCUCUUCUACAACCUGAAUGAAAAUGGAACGACGGAAGCAAGCACAUCACCUGGUAGCGAUGCGAGUAGCGUUGCAGAUGAACUGGCUGAUUUGCGUAGACAGGUUGUCUUUCUGCAAGGGCAAUUGGAAGACAGAGAUCGAACUGUGCAUUUACUGCAGGUGCAAAUGACAAAAUAUCAAGGCAUUAACGGUGUGGAUUCGCAGUGUAGCGCUUCAUCAUCCUGCAAUAGCAACGACAUCAGUAAAGAAACAUCUAACGCAGCUACGCAGACAGAUAAAGUGCGACCAGUGUCGGCCGGUCCAUUGUUACUACAGUCACUCCCACAGGAUGGCAACGCGGGGCCUCUCGUCAGCCAUGUGGGUUGGAGUGACUUAUGGAACCAGCCGCACCCUCCAGCGCCUACGGUGUUAAACGGAUUCAGGACUCUCCGUAAACCCAGCGAUCAUUCACCACGUUUACUCAGGUCUCGGCAGGACUCAGCACGUAACGAUUACUUAGAUAAGCCAAUAGCAGAGAGUUCGCCUAUAAAGAAGUUACAAAAAUCUAAAGAGUUGGGACAAAAACGAUGUUUGGAUGUCAACAGCACUGCUGCAGUAGCACAGACGAAACCUGAAACAACAUCAACCAAAUCGUCCAUACCAAUGCCUAGAAGACUUACAACACAGACACUCAUUCCACGAGCAGCAAGAGCCGUUUCUGCAACGGGUCGGUCGCACAACCCUUGACGACACCGAUUAUAGGGGGUUCUAUUAUAUUUUAUUUUCAUGCAUACACAGGAAAACCCCAAGUUUAUUUAUUCGAGCAGUUAGAUUUUUUACAUUGCCAAUUAUAUUGCAACGUUGAGAUUUCCUAGGUUGGGAUAAGGAUUUCUUUGGCAUCGUGGGUGAUAAAAGUCUGUUGGAACAGUGUGUAGAGUGAAGAAACAUAAUCGAUUAACUCACCGCAAUAUUAAACUUAGCUUUUGGUAUAGUUACAGUGAAACACACUGUGGGUAAAUUACAAUAGAGUAUUAAAUUGAAUUGUAAAUAUGUAUUGUAUAUCUGAUUGAAACAGACUGUAUGAUUGAAAUUGGUUUUUCGAAAUGCGAUUAUUCGAUAAUACCGUUUUGUAAGGAUAAUUUUCCUCAUAACUUCUUCAAUGACACAAUGGCGAGUCGAAUUGCGAAUUGUCAAAUGAUCUAUCGGUUUGGGGUGAUCCUGCAAUAUUCUUGUGUCAAAAAUUCAUUCACGCAUCUCAUGAUUUGAAUAUACAAUCAUUGUGAUAUCAUCAAUCAUUAUAAGGCAUAAUAAAUGUUGUUUUUUUUUGUUAUGGCUUAAUGUGUAAUAUUUGGAAAAGUUGAUAUUUUAUGGUAUUUCGCAGUUAUUCAAUACCGUGAAUUCCAAUAUUGUAAAUUGAAUUAUCCAGGAAAUGUUGAAAUUUUUGAGAAUAGUAAAGCUAUUAUCAUUGGAUAAUUAUAUCGAUCUGCCAGAAUACCAAGCCGUAAGAAUAUUUACGUCUGCGGCAUAAUUUCGUGACUAACAUUCAUCACGAAUGCAUAAAUUACCGAACUUCAUGACACACUAGUAAAGUUAUUUAAGCAAUGAGAUCAAAAAGCGUUCAAGUUUUGGUUGUCUUAAUUGAUCUAUAAAUAGGUAGUCUCCAGAUUCUUUAAGAAUUUUUUUUAUGCAAGUAUUCACUUUCGAGUUUGAACUUUCAUUUUCGUCUACUAUCUUCGCCAUCAGAUGCAAUGUAAAUAUAUUUUAACGGGGCAAAUGCAAUCGAGUUUCAUUAUGUUAUUUAAUCAAAAUCAUUCAGCAUCUAAUAUUUAUAAUUCUUUGAAGGAAGAGCGAUUUUUAACCCUCUCAGUAUAAAUGCAUAGACCCACACAAUUUACAUUAUCAUCAUUUUUGCACGUUGUUCCUGGUGCUUUAAUCUAGCUUCUCUCAGAUUUUUUAUAUGUUAUUACUUAACGUAAACGAUAUCGAAUUUCUGAGUUAACAAUAUUUGAGACUUGUUUCACUAUUUAAUAUUUUUAUCUAAUUGUACGUAAUCUUUGAUACGUCAGGUAUUGACAGUAAAAUUAAUUUAUCGGGCAACAGUUCUUCAAAUUUUAAAUAAUUUAUCAGAGACUGCGAAUUUUAAAUUUUUUUCCAUUUUACCGGUAUAGUGGGUCACUUAUUUCCGUAGGUAUUUUUGAUUGGAAUUUAUAAAUUGAUGUCAUUGGGAGAGGCUAGACAAAUAAUGUACUUAUUGCUAUCAAACAAUUUUUGAAAUCCACCUAGAGAGACAUGGAAGAGAAAUGAAAGUUUUGUACAAACCUAAAAUAGGCUUUAGUUACGGCUCUAACUAUAGUGUAUAUGACUAGCUAAACGCAAUGCUUCUUAGCAUUUGCAGAUGCAAUGAUACUUUGAAAAUUCUUACAUCUGAUUUGAUAUGAGAAAAUGAAUAUAGAAAAGAAAUUGGGAACAUAUUUUAAUUUAAAUGUAAAAUAACGAUUGAAUUAUACCUGGUAUGAAAAUUUCAGUGUCUGGCGAAAACAGUAUAUAAAUCAGUGUAAGAAGUUUUUGAUGUAUAGCUAAGUAGCAUGGCUUGCCAGAAGAGGAGAAUGUAAAGGUAUUAUUAAAUUAUGGAGUUCAACGUACCGCAAGAAAAAUAUCAACAUCCUUGUAAACGUUCUAUAGAUCAGUUUAUAUCAUGAUAAUAAUUAUAAUAACUAUCGAAAUUUGGAUAUACAUCUGUGGUGAUUGGUUAGGGGGAUCGGAGUAGUAUGUGCAAAACGACUAAUAUCGAAAAUUUGACGCGCGGUUCGCUCCUAAUCUAAAUUGAGUGAUUUCCAACACUCAUUUACAUAUGUUCCUUUUUCCAGUUUGUCAUUCUCUGUCUACUAUGACAGUAAAAUAAUUAGUUUUUGUAACGUUUCUCUGCAACUAAGGCCAAGUUAGGCGAAUUAGAUUAUCUUAAAUAUAUGAUAUUCAUGUUUUCGUUAUUUAUUUAAUACUGAAAUUGUAAUGAAGGUGAACCAUUGGCACUUAAUGAAUAUAAAAUUGUUGGAAAUCACAAUGGGCUGUAAUAUUUUAUGAUAAUGAAAAAAAAAAUCAAAGUAUUCCAUCUCUAAAUGUCCAAUACUACUAUAGUAUGUAAUAAAAUUGAAAAACAAACUGUCCUAUCUUACCCCAUUACAAGGUGUAGCACUGAUAGCGGUGCCACUCGGCACCUCCUAGAUACAUAAUUAAAAUAAAAGUGAAAAUUGAAUAAAGUGUAUUUAAUAAUACAACAAAAAAAUUGUGCAUUCAAAUUUCAUUUUUGAAUGAUCGUUCUCUAUUAUUUGUACAUUUUGUAUAUAUUUAAUUAUCCUUAUACUUUAUUAUCGCUAUUCCGGUAUCUUAGAAAUAAAUUUAAUUUUGUUUAAA